AUGUCACACAAUACCGAGAACGAUGCUCUCUCAUACAGAUUUCAGGAGGCAUGCAUGGAGGGUGAUCUUCGGAGAGUCCAGAGGGCUCUUACCAGCGGAAGACUGUCUGCUAAAGAUCUUGACACUGGACUAAGGAUUGCCACUAAAGGGGCAUAUCCGGACAUAGUAGCCGCCCUCUUUAAGGCAGGUGUGCCUAUGUCUCCCAAUGCAAUCGGCUGUCUCUGUGGGAAUGAUACGAAACAGGACCCGCGCGUCAUUCGCCUCUACUUUGAUCGUGGUCUGAAGCCUAGUGAUUGUAUAACGACUAAUGGCGAGCCUCUUCUGCGAUUUUAUUCGGUUAACUGUGCCCGGGAAUUACUCGAAAGAGGCGUUGACCCCAACCGCUGUGGUCCGAGAAAGAUAAGCCCCCUCUCCAGCUCGCUUGAUCUAGUCGGGGAGGACAACGGAGCUACAUUCGAUUUGCUUGUGCAAUAUGGGGCGAAGCUGGAGCCCAGUCUCUUAUUUGACGCCCUUGUUUGGAGGUGCGAUGCAGCUAUCAAAUUUCGCUUCCUUCUCUCCAGGGGUCUUGAUCCGACCACGACAAUUUCUGCAAAAUGGGGAACGCCGCUACAUGUUGCAUCCAUUUCCGCCAAUAAGGAAGUUAUAAAAAUCCUUCUCAACUUGGGAGCAGAUCCAAACUUCCGAUCAUACUGUACAAAAUUUAAGAACAACAGUCCCGUGGAAGUGGCCCAGUGGAAGAUGCGAGCUUCUCAUGAAGGCUCUUCCAUGAAGGGAACGUAUCAAAGUGUAAUAGAGCUUCUCGAAUCCGCACAAACCGGGGUUUCUCGUCCCACAAUUGCUGCGUCGGAGAGGUCAAAUACCGAGAGUGUUACGAAGGCCCCCGCGGCCAGGAGAACAGAAAUUAACCAAGGACUCAAUGUUGUCGACGCUACACUGUCAGGUUCUUCAACGGAUAACUCGAACUCGACUGCCGAGGGUUUUGAAAAGACGCAGGAGACCCGAAAGAUGGAAAUUAGAGGGGAAGGUAGCGUUAGUAGUCGGACACGCAGUCGUACCAAGACUGUCUACUAA